AUGUCAGAAUCCAAGCGCAGUUCCGACCUCAAAGUCGAGGAUAUCGAGAAGCGGGAGCAUGCCGCCACUCCCGAAGUCGAUGCCCACUACGAUCCCAAGUUCAUCAAGAGGACACUCUCGGACCUCAACGUGUUUUCCAGGCGGAGGGUUGAUUGGCGACUCUUGCCCAUCAUGGGCUUGCUGUACGCUGUCGCUCUCAUCGAUCGUACCAACCUGGGCAUCGCUCGAACGGCAGGAAUGGAAGAGGACUUGCAACUGUACGUCGGUGAACGGUACAGUAUCGCAUCCAUGAUCUACUUCGUGCCCUACACCAUCCUCCAAAUUCCUGGCAACAUCGCCCUCCGAUACCUCGGCGCUCGACUUCACUUGACAAUUUGCGUUGUUGGUUGGGGUGCUGCACAACUUGGAAUGGGUUUUGUCACGGAUUGGGUUCAGCUCUGCAUCUGCCGCGUUCUUUUGGGAGUCUUCGAGGCCGGCUUCUUCCCUGCUCUCGUCUACAUCAUCACGACAUGGUACAAGCGGCACGAAGUCCAGAAGCGUUUGGCGCUCUUCUACAUCGUCUCUAUCAUCACUGGUGGUUUCUCUCCCAUCCUCGCCUACGUAUUCACUCUCUUGAAGGGAACUCAUGGAUAUAACGGCUGGCAAUGGAUCUUCAUCAUUGAGGGCGCUGCCACCAUCGGUCUUGGCGUUUUGGCCUGGCUGUUCGCUGCCGACUUCCCUGAGACCAGCAGGUUCGUCAAUGAGGAGGAGCGCAAGAUGAUCCUUGACCGUGUUGAAGCUGACCGCAAGGACUCCGUCCCCGAUGAGGUUACCCUGCCCAAGGUCUUGAAGCACAUGUCCGACCCCAUCGCCUGGUCCUGUGGCCUCAUGUUCUUGUCCUCCACUAUGCCCGCCUAUGCCGUUGGUUUCUUCAUCACUCCCAUUCUCUUCUCGAUGGGCUAUACCAUGGCAGAGGCACUUCUCCUCUCCGCCCCUCCCGCUGGUGCUGCUAUGUUCUCCACCUUCUUCUUCGCAUGGCUAGCCGACAAGACCAGGAAGCGUGCCAUUUGGCUUGCCUGCCAGAACUUGAUCGUCAUCACCGGUCUGAUGGUUACUGGCUACACCAACUCUAAUGCUACCCGUUACUUCGGCCUCUUCCUCGUCAACAUGGGUGCCUCGGGUUGCGUCCCAGGUGUCCUCGCCUACCAGUCCAACAACGUCACCUCGCACUCCAAGCGUGCUGUCACCACUGCCAUCACCAUCGCUAUGGGCGGUAUUGGCGGUAUCUUCGCCACCACCGUUUGGCGCCAGAAGGACUUCCCUCGUUACAUCCCCGGUAUUUGGGCCACCAUGGCUUGCCAAUUCACCAUGUUGAUCCUCCUCGGUGUCAACUCAAUCAUCUUCCUUCGCCGCAACAAGCUCCGCCGCGAGGGCAAGUGCGGACCUCUCGAGAACACCGAGGGCUUCUACUACACACUCUAA